AAUUAUGUAUUUUGAUACAAAUUAAAAACAAAAUUCCAAAAUCUAACUGAAACAAAUGAAAUUUAAAUAAAAACAAUAAUAAUAAAUUAAAUUGUAGAUUAGCUAGCGGCUUGAAAAUGAAACAUUCGACUGCCUUACUUUGACUCUAAGAAGGCGUGUUUCGUUUCUUUUAAAAUCUCAGUUUCUGAAACCCCAAUCCACACUUCUUCCACUUCUUGCGUUACUCUCUCUCUCUCUCUCUCUCAAGCAUGGCUGCCGGCGCUUCUGGUGUAAUGUAUAGAAUGAUGGCUGUUGUGAUGCUUUGCAGCAGAGUUUUUGCGGAUCCAGACAUGCUUCAGGAUAUUUGUGUAGCUGAUCUCACUUCUGAAGUGAAGCUUAACGGAUAUUCUUGCAAGUCAAACGUGACGGCGGAGGACUUCUUCUUCAGUGGUUUAGGCAAGGGUGGCGCCACCAACAACUCCGCCGGGUCGGUUGUGACCGGCGCCAAUGUUCAGAAAAUCCCGGGCCUCAACACGCUUGGCGUAUCGUUGGCCCGCAUCGACUACGCCCCUGGCGGGCUGAACCCACCGCACACGCACCCACGCGCCACCGAGGUGGUGUUCGUGGUGGAAGGAGAGCUGGACGUGGGGUUCAUCACCACCGCCAACGUCCUUAUCUCCAAGUCCAUCAAGAAAGGGGACGUUUUUGUUUUCCCUAAAGCCCUUGUCCACUUCCAGAAGAACAAUGGCAAGUCCCCCGCCGCCGUCAUCGCCGCCUUCAACAGCCAGCUCCCGGGAACGCAGUCCAUCGCCGCCGCCUUGUUCGCUGCCACGCCGGCGGUGCCGGAUAAUGUUCUCACCAAGGCGUUCCAGAUUGGCACCAAGGAGGUUGACAAGAUUAAGUCCAAGUUCGCACCAAAGAAGUAAUUCUUCUUAAAUUUAUGUUUAUAAUAAUCAUAUUCUUUUGGGUUAAUUAAGCCAAAAACCAUGAGCUUUGGGCCAAUUUCCAAACUUGCCAUGAACUCUCUUUUUUUAUCAAAAAUUCCAUGAACUUAAGGGGUUGAACAA